CAGUAUAUACUACACUGAAGCCACUGAGCGAACUUCCAAAUGGAAUCUACAGCUUCUCCAGUCACCCGAGACCCGCGGAGGACUGCCUCAAACCAGCACCGGAGCACGACCUCAGUCAUUAUGGGAAGAUGUACAACUGCUGUAUUGUCAGCACAAACACUGGUGCUGUUCAACACAUUCUACCAGCUACAGGUCAACCAAUCCCUGCUGAAAUACACAAGCAGAGGGAGAUGAGGAGGAGAGGUCGGAAACGUGCCAGGAACAGACUCAAGACUCCGCGCAAAAAAGACAUUGAAGUACAAACGCAUCCUUAUUUUGAAAAAUGGGACGAUGUCAAAGUGGCUCCGGGUACUGAAUGCCAGACGGACACUUUACCAGACAUACCGGCCAUCGUCAUACCUGCCAAAACGGGCAAUGAUGUUGCAAUACAGUUGGAGGAGAAGGACUUGAUUGACUUUGAAAUAGAUGUGAAGCCAGUGGUGGAGAUCCUGGUGGGUAAGACGAUAGAGCUCUCUGUCAUGGAGGUGAUGGAGGAGGAGGAGCUGGCCUGCGUGAGGGAGCAGCAGGGAGCUUUACUAGACCUCCUAAGUAAUGAGCAGGCAGAGGCGCAGCGACUGCAGGAGCAAGAGGGCCGGCGCAGGGAGGAGCAAGAAAGAAGGAUGGCACAGCAGAGCGACGUGCUGAAGAAAGAAGGAGAGACCGCUGAGAAGAUUGCUGCCCGUGCGUACACUCUGCAGUACCUGGCCGAUCUUGUUCCUGCGGCCUUCAUCUCACUCAGAAACGACGGCUAUUUCUAUGACACGGUGGAGAGGGAUAUUGAGAUUAAUUUCUUGCCACAUCUGAUGGCUGAGGUUUACAACAAUUUAGAGAAGAGAAACACAGCGAGACAGGUGCUGGACACUAUUAUCCACAGUGUUGCCCAGAUGAGGUCCAGACUAAAUUGAAAUUGAGCAUGAAGCACGAGGAGAUGCUAGAACAUGUUGACAGAUGAGUCCGAGGCACGAAUGAAUGUUUCACUGUAAAAGAUGGAUGUUGCAGAAAGUGUCCUCGGUGGUGAUGUCCAGUUGU